UUUGGCGAAAGGACGGAGAGAGCUGUGUCUACCAUCAGAAAGGUACUUAGUUUGAUUUCGUUUUGCUAUUUCUAUUUUCCAAAAAGGUAAUUGAUUUAUGGUUAAUUGAUUUCAUUUGAUAUAGUUGUAUUUUGAUUUGUUUUUGUUUUUUUAUUCUGAGGAAGCGCAAAUUUCACAGUAUUUCCUCUUCCUCUUCGUGUUGUACUCCUGCAAUGGCUCGUUCAGAGAAAGCACAAAAACGUGAUGAAUUGGCCGUGCAGGAUUUUAUGAUCUCUGUGGCACAAGAGGGAUGGAAUAUUGAUCAGGACAUAGUACUUCUAAAGUUGACCGUGGACGCCCAUACUGGAAAAGGAAAGUUCUUGAACUUCGGUUUGAAACCAUUGAAUUGCAAUGAUGGGUGGCAAAAACUGGCAGAGCUCUUUAACAAAGGCAUUAAUCCCUUUGAUGUGCAUGUGGAAGAGUUGAAAACGGCUAAAGAUGUGUGCCGUAUACUUGAUCUUUUGAAAGAAAAUUAUGAAAAGGUAAAUGUCCGAGUAUGAUGAGAAAAUGCAAGAAAAAUUGAAGAUACAAGAACCAGAAAGGUGGCACAGCCCGUGCUUAAGCUGGCACGGCCGUGCCAGGCCAGCAUCCAACACACAAAAAAAUCCAAAUAAGGCAGGGAUAUGGCACGACCCGUGCCUAUAUUGGCACGGUCGUGCCAAGCUGACAGGCCUCCAGAGUUCACUUUUUCACUUCUUUUGGCAAAUUGUGAGCUUUCUGCAUCCUUUCUCCCUCUUUUCUUGUUUCUUCUUCUCUUUCAUUUUUCUUAUUUUAAAUCAUUGAGGACAAUGCUUCUCCCAAGUGUGGGGGGGGCUUAAUAAAGUGUCUU